GUGCCAGAUGGACUCUUUGCCUGAGGCGUCGACCGGUUGAAAUAGUAUUUGCUGAUGGCUUUAAGAGCGGUCAUCAAUACACAUGUGAGCUUCAUCUGGUUGCAAGCGCAGCGUCGAUUUCCAAAACAGGAGCGGUUUCCCCUUCUUGGUAAUGGAUGAUACGGCUUGCUAGUAAUGCUGUGGUUAUCUAGCUUGAAAUUUGUGACUUUAGGGACUGAAGCAGGACUGAAGCUUACAAUGCACAGGUGAAGAAGAAGACCGCCCGACAGAAGGUGAAGACCAAGCUCGGCAGUCAGAGCGCCGUUGAUGAUGGCGAGGCAGCAAUCAAUGGCGAUGAAGAGGUUUCGCUGCCUGCGGGCAAGAGCGCACAGCGGCGGCUUGCAAAAAAGUUGAAAUUCCACAAAAAUUUAGUAAGUACAAAGAAGGCGCUAUCAGCCACCCGCACCCUGCAAAAGCCGAAGAAACGGAAAGGCCGGAGCCUGGGCCUCGCCCUCGAAAACCUCUCCACUCUAGUUAACGACCUCCCAGCGGGGCCCAGCAAGCAGCAGAGUCGGCAGCCGAAAAUUCUCAGGAGCAAAGCGAGGCAGGACAUAACGACCCAAGAAUCGAAGCAACUCGCAGCUGUUCUAGAUCACCCAACGUUUAAGGCGAACCCCUUCGAAGCCAUCCGGCAACAUCUAACCAACACGGUGCCGCCACCCCCUCCCGCCCCGAAACCGAAACGGCCGACGGGCGCGAAACGAAAAAGGGACAAGAAAAAGAAGGCGAGAGCGGAAGACGGGAUGGACGAGGAGAUGGAUAUGCUAUAGGAGUCCUUCUGCCACGCCAUGUCUCGCUUGUUCAGGAAUUGAGAAUGUGUGCUGAUUUGACCUAAUGGAAUCUGAAUCUGCACUACGAUUGGUUUAAGCUCGUUAGUAAACACGGCCAGUGCGUGUGCGCCCUGCUAGGUUGCAUACCAACUCUUGGGCCACCAGCCUCCUAUGACGCGAAGUCGACCUGACUAACCAAGACAGUCGAAUUAAGCGCAAGUCCGAAUGAACGGGCUGCUUUGGUGAUUGGUGACAGCAGCAUAGCCCCGGCGGGCGCGGGCUGCGUGUUUGCGCUCGCUCAUGUUGAGGAUAUAUUGAUUGUGGUUGUGGAUCCUGUCAGACCG